AUGACAAAGUAUAUCGCCAAAGACGGAACAGUUUGUGAACAACGAACUAUUACGAGAGUUGUGUAUGACUUCUUUUUGUAUACAUAUUUCUUUAUUUUCAAUUUCUUUCAUACUUUAUUCUCGCCUUCAGCAGCUGAAACUCUAAGAGAAAGCAAUGGUUUUAGUAGUUCUUCCAAUGGUGGAUCCAAUCGAAUUAGAAGAAUCGUUAAACAUGAAGAGAAAGAUGCUUAUGGUAAAUGUUGUGGAUGCGGUUAA